AUGGUUGGUCAACACCAACUAUCCCUUUCUGAUGCGAUGCGCCAGGUUCCCGCGGGCGCUUUCCGCGCCUGGGCCAUCAGUCUGGUAAAGCUUGCAAGUGUCCAGGCCGACCUUGAAAUUGAGGACUUGGCCGAGGUCUUUCGCGAGGCGAUCCCGGCCCUAGACUAG